GGAGAGUGUUACAAUUUGAAAUGUGUCAAUGCACAGGUGUGCCAGGACUUUGGGGUGAGGAGAAAUACAUUUUGUUAGAUGGUCUGUGAUAUCCAUACUAGUAAUUGGGUUUUCAUAUUUUCAUUCCACAAGAUACAGAUUUCAUUGCACCAGUAGUAACAUUUGGAUAUCAUAUUUCUAUUCCGAUACAUAUUUAAUUCCAACAUACUACUUUAUAUGACAAUAUAUUGUACACACCCUUGGUUUAGAGCAUGAUUUAGUCAUGGACACUGAAGUUCUGAAAGUUUCUCAGGGUGUGCAGUACAGCAGCCUACUUUCACAAAGUGUAAUGUCAUGUUUACUGCAUUUGUGAAAAAAAGUUGAGUUUAAUUCAAGUGUUCCUGAAAAACACACUCCACCUAACCUAUUUGCAAAUUAGGAAAAACCAUUUGCAUGUUGUGUGUUAUCAUUAUUUUCCUUAUUUUGGUGGGAUAAUAGUUCUCUUUGAGGAGAUUUUGAAUCUGGCUCAGUUGAACCUUAGGAAAUUGGUCUCAAUGGCCGAUGUCCAAAUUGUAUUUCACAGGCUGACAGUUUAUGGGCAAAAUAUGUAGCCUGUUAGCAAAACAAACUGCAAAGCAAACCCAUUCCAAGUGGAGAUUGACAAAGCAGGGAAUUUAGGAGAAAGGAGGCUGAGAACAGGGAACAAUCAACGGCUGUUAUUUUAAUCUGGCCUGCCACUGAGAUUAGCAGACCACAUUGUUUUAAUUGUUUUAACAGGAGCGAAUGAAACGCUCGUUUAUUGAGGGGGGAUCCUUUGCGUAAAUCUCCCCAAAUUCAAUAGUUUAAAAAACUUGAGCCAUUGGACCCCCUCUUUUCCCUCAUCCCACCUAAUCCAGGGUAAUACCUUUCUUUCUAUUGGCUAACGGUUGAGGGGAGCUGGAGUAAAUGGUUCUUUAAAAAGUCGUGGGUGAGAAUGGUCUUCAGAUAAUUAGAUCCAUGCCACGACAAAGGGUAGCGGCGUACGAGGAUAAGGCCUGCAUUUCAAACUAUUGGACUGUAUAGGUGGACUUCUAAAAGCUCACGAGAAUAGGUUAAUUUCUGCUGUUUUGUGUGCUUCUCAGGUCCGCUAUGAAUGCCUUAAAUUUCUGCGGGGGAUCCGACAGUGGCAACGGAGUCUAUCCUCUGCACAGCGUCAACUCCGUCUUUUUCGACCUCCACCACCAGAUGGCAGACCAGUACCCGGUUUAUCCAUCAAUCAAUCCCUCCUCGGUCCACACGUUCUCUGUUGCUGAAAGACUUGCAGAGUUGAUACUGGAGGCCCGUUAUGGGAACCAGCAGAAGCAGCGUCGGAGCCGCACAGCCUUCACUGUGUCUCAGUUACAGGCUCUAGAGAAAGCCUUCCAGCAGACCCAGUACCCUGAUGUAGGUAUGAGAGAGAGACUGGCUGUCUGUACCAAUCUGCCUGAGGCUCGCAUUCAGGUGUGGUUUAAGAACAGAAGAGCAAAGUUCCGUAAGGGACAGAGAUGCUCCCCUCUUCCCAGAGAGCAAAGCCUGGAGGAACCAUAUCAAACCAAGGCAGGAGGGGAAGAGAGGAGUACCAAGGAUUCAAAAACACAAAGUGAAAUAGCUCCUCUCUGGGAAGUCAGUGAUGCUCCUACCAUUUCUUGUCCUGGAGACUCCAUUGUAUCUCAGAACCACUCAAGAUUACAUUCUCCUCCCGUUUUUCCCUUUGUGGGUGGAGAACGGUACCACCUUCCACAUCAUCAGGCUUUAGGGAUGCUGUCAGCUGGCCUACAUUUCACCCCCACAUUCUGGCCCAUUCUACAGCAACACAGCCCGGCUAUAGGAGUUGUCCCACCGGUUGGUAAAAACUGCAGCCUUUCCCUUCAGACUUCCUGUCCCAGUAAAGCUGUACCCACCCCCAACCUGGGUCUAUAACUGCACUACCAACAACAACAACUUCUCUUCAGUGUGUGUUGGCAAAAAGGGACUCAAAGGAGGAAAUCGUACACUGCUGCACUGGUGUCAACAUGAACACAGAUAAACUACUGAUUUUAUACUUUGACUCUGUACAACUUUGUGAGUACAAGGAGCCUUUGCUAAUUGUCCUGGUAGAGUGCAUCUGACAAGUGAAUAUGUCUGUAGAUAAGUUUGAUUAAGAAACACUCAAAAGGGCUAGUAUGUUGUGUUGUUGUGAGCAUUCGGGAUUGCAACCUGGAGUGGAUUGGUACAUGCUUCAUUUGCAUAAAGAUGCUACUUUCAGUUUUUACUCACUUAUCACAAGCACUUAGGAGAAUAGAGAAUUGUGAUGUGGUUUGGGGCACUUUUCUUUUCACUUUUCAAAUCGAAUAUCCAUUUGUUCAAGACAAUUUUCUGUAAUGUCUCACAGUAGGAAUCUUUAUUCCUAUCCUAUGUUCAUUUUAUGGUCAUACACAACAAAACCAUAAUUCAACUGUAUGUGAAUUUUAAAAUGUAUUAUGAAUAAAAUUAUUUUGAAUGUC